AUGCGGUCCGGCUUGGAGAAACCUGGCGCGCUUCCGCUACUCGCCUUGGUCGUGUUUUCGCUGCUCACAUUGGUGCCGUCGCUGUCGAGUAUUUACAAUUUAAAGCUCGCGGACUUGAACUUCUACCCCGGUGGAGCUCGCCAAGUACCUCUUCUCCAAGACGGCGUGCCCGAAGUACCAACAGCGCACCCAUUGACUGAGCCUCACAGACCAUGGGCUCUCGGAGCUCCCCAUCGAUCCCGCGUCAAUCUCUUAACGCGUACCGCACGACUCGAUAAUGUCGCCGUAGUCUCAGCAAGCGAAACAACCGCCAUCGCAAACAAAAGCCGACUCUCCUCCUUGACCCGUGAAUCACCAUUUUCAUUCAGCCGCAGGGCUCGCGCAUUCAAAACCUACUUCAUCCAACAAUUAGACGACUAUCCAUUCCUCACAUCCUUCUCCAAACGCAGCCUAGUCGAACCAACUCCAUAUCCCACAACCACCUUCAAUCACUCCCUCCCAACCUCCAACCACCCCUCAAACACAUAUAAUGAUUCCUCCGACAGCAUCCAGAAGAACGGCCUCCAAGCCCCCUCCAUCCGCGAAAUGUGUCAGCAGGCCUGCCGUCUCGCCAUCGACUUUGGGAAACGUGCAACCCUCCACGGAACAGAAUACGCCAAGUCGAUAUUCCUUGAAUCCUCAGACCCUCCAACAACAUUGAUACGCCAUCCGAAAGACCCACAAGACCAGUCCAGUCCUUCUGAGCCGGCCAUCCAGAGACUUGCCGCCGAGGACUCCACCGACGCCGCCGGCCGGCAUUCACAGGAACUCCGUGGCAGCUGCAUGGCUGUUGUUAUUGGGCUGGUGGCGGGCAUAAUGUGGUUCUGA